AUCAUGGUGUUAUACGUCAUAUGUCAAUUGACCAUAAAAUUUACACAGUACGCAUUUCAUACAAAUUUUCUUUAAAAAAAAAACAAUAAAAUGACGAAGAAGAAACCGUUGCCACACCUCUCGAAAGAGGAGAAAAUGGUAAUCGUUAUAUCAGAGAUAAUACAGGAGUUGCUGGUAGCACAUCGCCAAGGCAAAGAUGUUAACCUCAACAAGAUGAAGACGAGGAUUUCUUCAAAAUACGGUCUCGGUACUUCUCCGCGACUCGUAGAUAUCAUAGCAGCAGUGCCGGCUGACGCGAAAAACAUAUUACUACCUAAAUUAAAAGCUAAACCUAUUCGUACUGCGUCAGGUAUUGCAGUUGUAGCUGUAAUGUGUAAACCUCAUCGUUGUCCUCAUAUUAAUUUUACCGGUAACAUUUGCGUGUAUUGCCCUGGAGGUCCCGAUUCAGAUUUUGAAUAUUCGACUCAAAGUUAUACAGGCUAUGAGCCUACAUCUAUGAGGGCUAUUCGGGCGCGUUACAAUCCGUAUUUACAGACGCGUCACAGAGUUGAGCAACUGAAACAGCUCGGUCACAGUGUGGAUAAAGUUGAGUUUAUUGUGAUGGGAGGGACAUUCAUGUCCCUUCCAGAAGAUUAUAGAGAUUAUUUUAUAAGGAAUCUGCAUGAUGCUCUAUCAGGGCAUACUUCAAGUUGCGUAGCAGAAGCAGUGAAGUAUUCAGAGAAAGCUAAAACUAAAUGUAUCGGUAUAACCAUUGAGACUCGUCCGGACUACUGUCUGCAGAGGCACAUGAGUGACAUGCUUAAUUAUGGCUGUACUAGGUUGGAGAUAGGAGUGCAAUCAGUUUACGAGGAUAUAGCAAGAGACACAAACAGAGGUCACACAGUAAAAGCUGUUUGUGAGAAUUUCAAUCUUGCGAAGGAUGCAGGAUUUAAGAUUGUUGCACACAUGAUGCCUGAUUUACCAAAUGUCGACUUUGAGAGAGACGUUGAACAAUUUGUUGAGUUCUUUGAGAACCCAGCGUUUAGAGCUGAUGGCCUGAAAAUAUACCCAACCCUAGUGAUUAGAGGUACGGGACUCUAUGAGUUAUGGAAAACCGGGAGGUACCGAAGUUACCCUCCCUCUACAUUAGUUGAUCUGAUCGCCAAGAUAUUGGCUUUGGUGCCCCCGUGGACAAGGGUAUACAGAGUUCAGCGUGAUAUACCCAUGCCACUGGUCUCUUCAGGUGUGGAACAUGGUAAUCUGAGGGAGCUGGCUUUAGCUCGUAUGGCAGAUUUGGGAACUGACUGUAGGGAUGUCAGAACAAGAGAAGUCGGGAUACAGGAAAUACAUAACAAAGUUAGACCUUAUGAGGUUGAAUUAAUAAGACGCGACUAUGUAGCCAAUGGGGGUUGGGAGACCUUCCUAUCAUAUGAAGAUCCGCACCAGGAUAUAUUAGUCGGUUUGCUCCGACUCCGGAAAUGUGCUAAAGAUACAUAUAGACCCGAAUUGAAGCCUGGACCGAAUGCUAGCUUCAAACAGUGUAGUAUUGUAAGGGAAUUGCACGUUUAUGGAUCUGUUGUACCAGUUAACGCCCGCGACCCAACAAAGUUUCAACAUCAAGGCUUUGGAAUGUUGCUAAUGGAAGAAGCUGAGAGGAUUGCUAAGGUGGAGCACGGAUCUGAUAAGAUAGCUGUUAUAUCUGGAGUUGGAACGCGAAACUAUUACGCUAAGAUCGGAUACCAUCUUGAAGGACCGUACAUGGUCAAGAUGCUGGCUUGAAUAAAAAAUUAAAAAAACAAUGUUGUCUUUAACUUCUAUGUAACACCUUUUUUGUUUUGUUUUGGGUACUGAAAUAAUAUACGACCCGUUUUUAUAUUUGCGGAUUUGAGUAAAAAUAAAAAUUUACUAAUAGU